CGCCGGCUGACGCAGGGCAGCGCGGAGCCCGGCGAGUGGGGGCGAGGGGCGGCGCCGUCCUGAGUCACCGCCCCCUCCCGCGCCUCGGCGCCGCCACCUUUUCCAUUCACUCGCCCAACAUGGCUGGAGCGCUCCGCUGAGUCUUCCCCACCGCCACCGUCACCGCCGCCGCCGCCGCCGCCGCCGCCGCCGCUGCAGCUGCAGCCGCCGCAGCAGCAGCAGCUUGCCCGGAGCGCUCGGCACGGUGCUGAGACCCGGGCAGCCGCAGGCAUGCUGGGUGCCGCGGACGAGAGCUCGGUGCGCGUGGCUGUCAGAAUAAGACCACAGCUUGCCAAAGAGAAGAUUGAAGGAUGCCAUAUUUGUACAUCAGUCACACCAGGAGAGCCUCAGGUCUUCCUAGGGAAGGACAAGGCAUUUACCUUUGAUUACGUGUUUGACAUUGACUCCCAGCAGGAGCAGAUCUACACUCAGUGCAUUGAGAAACUAAUUGAAGGCUGCUUUGAAGGAUAUAAUGCUACAGUUUUUGCAUAUGGACAAACUGGAGCUGGGAAGACAUACACAAUGGGAACAGGAUUUGAUGUCAACAUCAUGGAAGAAGAGCAGGGAAUCAUUUCUCGUGCGGUUAAACACCUUUUCAAGAGUAUUGAAGAAAAGAAAACCACAGCGAUUAAACAUGGGGUUCCUCCUCCUGAAUUUAAAGUGAAUGCCCAAUUCUUAGAGCUCUAUAAUGAAGAGGUCCUUGACUUGUUUGAUACCACUCGGGAUAUUGAUGCAAAAAAUAAAAAAUCAAAUAUAAGAAUUCAUGAAGAUUCAACUGGAGGAAUUUAUACUGUGGGAGUCACAACGCGCACUGUGAAUACAGAACCAGAGAUGAUGCAGUGUUUGAAGCUGGGUGCUCUCUCCCGCACCACAGCUAGUACCCAGAUGAACGUCCAGAGCUCUCGUUCACAUGCCAUUUUUACCAUUCAUGUGUGUCAGACCAGAGUGUGUCCCCAAAUAGAUGCUGAGAAUGCAACCGAUAACAAGAUGCUUUGUGAAUCAUCGCAGAUGAAUGAGUUUGAAACCCUGACUGCCAAGUUUCAUUUUGUUGAUCUGGCUGGAUCAGAAAGAUUGAAAAGAACUGGGGCUACCGGCGAGAGGGCAAAAGAGGGUAUUUCCAUCAACUGUGGGCUGUUGGCUCUUGGGAAUGUCAUCAGUGCCUUGGGUGACAAGAGCAAGAGGGCCACCCAUGUCCCCUACAGAGAUUCCAAGUUGACGAGACUCCUGCAGGAUUCCCUUGGGGGUAACAGCCAAACAAUCAUGAUAGCAUGUGUCAGCCCUUCAGACAGAGAUUUUAUGGAGACAUUAAACACUCUGAAAUAUGCCAACCGAGCAAGAAAUAUCAAGAACAAGGUGAUGGUCAAUCAAGACAGAGCAAGUCAGCAAAUCAAUGCACUCCGAAGUGAGAUCACAAGACUUCAGAUGGAGCUCAUGGAGUACAAAACAGGCAAAAGAAUAAUUGAUGAGGAGGGUGUGGAGAGCAUCAAUGACAUGUUUCAUGAGAAUGCUAUGCUGCAGACUGAAAAUAACAACCUGCGUGUAAGAAUAAAAGCCAUGCAAGAGACGGUGGAUGCGCUGAGGGCCAGAAUCACACAGCUUGUCAGCGAUCAGGCCAAUCAAGUUCUUGCCAGAGCCGGUGAAGGGAAUGAAGAGAUUAGUAAUAUGAUUCAUAGUUACAUCAAAGAAAUUGAAGAUCUCAGGGCAAAACUACUAGAAAGUGAAGCAGUGAAUGAGAACCUUCGAAAAACCUUGACCAGAGCCACAGCAAGAUCACCGUAUUUCAGUGGCUCAUCAGCUUUCUCUCCUUCCAUACUGUCUUCGGACAAAGAAACUAUUGAAAUUAUAGAUCUAGCCAAGAAAGAUUUGGAAAAGCUAAAAAGGAAAGAGAAGAAGAAGAAAAAAAGGCUACAGAAACUUGAGGAAAGCAAUCGAGAAGAGAGAAGUGUGUCUGGGAAGGAGGAUAAUGCAGACACUGACCAGGAGAAGAAGGAAGAGAAGGGCGUUUCAGAGAAACAAAACAAUGGUUUAGAAGUGGAAGAGAAUCAAGAAGUGAGUGAUCAUGAGGAUGAGGAGGAAGAGGAGGAAGAGGAAGAUGAAGAAGAGGAUGACAUUGAAGGAGGAGAAAGCUCUGAUGAGUCUGACUCUGAAUCAGAUGAGAAAGCUAACUAUCAAGCCGACUUAGCAAAUAUCACGUGUGAAAUUGCCAUUAAGCAGAAGCUGAUUGAUGAGCUGGAGAACAGCCAGAAACGUCUGCAGACGCUGAAAAGGCAGUAUGAGGAGAAGCUGAUGAUGCUGCAGCAUAAGAUCCGGGACACGCAGCUGGAAAGAGACCAGGUGCUCCAGAACUUAGGCUCAGUGGAGUCGUACUCAGAAGAAAAGGCAAAGAAAGUGAAGUGUGAAUAUGAAAAGAAGCUCCACGCCAUGAACAAAGAGUUGCAGAGACUGCAGACAGCCCAGAAGGAGCAUGCCAGGCUGCUUAAAAACCAGUCUCAGUAUGAAAAACAGCUGAAGAAGCUGCAGCAGGAUGUCACAGAGAUGAAGAAAACGAAGGUUCGUCUAAUGAAACAAAUGAAAGAAGAACAAGAGAAAGCCAGGCUGACAGAAUCUAGAAGAAACAGGGAAAUUGCUCAGCUGAAAAAGGAUCAACGCAAAAGAGAUCAUCAACUUAGACUUCUAGAAGCCCAGAAAAGAAAUCAAGAAGUAGUUCUGCGGCGCAAAACGGAAGAGGUUACAGCUCUCCGUCGGCAAGUGAGACCCAUGUCUGAUAAAGUAGCCGGGAAAGUCACUCGGAAGCUGAGCUCAUCCGACAGCUCUGUCCAGGACACGGGUUCCAGUGCAGCUGCUGGGGAAGCAGAGGCAUCAAGGGCAGGCGCCCAGCAGAAAAUGAGAAUUCCUGUGGCAAGGGUCCAAGCGUUACCAACACCCACAACAAACGGAACCAGGAUAAAAUAUCAGAGGAAAGGAGUGACUGGUAGGGUGUUCACUUCCAAGACAGCUCGCAUGAAAUGGCAGCUGCUUGAACGCCGGGUAACUGACAUCAUCAUGCAGAAAAUGACCAUUUCCAACAUGGAGGCCGACAUGAACAGACUCCUCAGGCAACGCGAAGAACUCACAAAAAGGCGAGAGAAACUUUCAAAGAGGAGAGAGAAGAUCGUCAAAGAGAGUGGAGACGGAGAUAAAAAUGUGGUUAACAUCAGUGAAGAGAUGGAGUCCCUAACCGCCAAUAUAGAUUACAUCAACGAUAGUAUUGCUGACUGCCAAGCUAACAUCAUGCAGAUGGAGGAAGCAAAGGAAGAAGGUGAGACAUUGGAUGUCACUGCUGUCAUUAAUGCCUGCACACUUACUGAAGCUCGAUACCUGCUGGGUCACUUCCUGUCAAUGGGCAUCAAUAAGGGUCUUCAGGCUGCGCAGAAAGAGGCUCAGAUUAAAGUACUUGAAGGUCGACUCAAACAAACUGAAAUCACCAGUGCCACACAAAACCAGCUCUUAUUCCAUAUGUUAAAAGAGAAAGCUGAGUUAAACCCUGAGCUGGAUGCUUUACUAGGCCAUGCUUUGCAAGAUCUAGAUAGCACCCCGCUAGAAAAUGAAGAGGACAGUAGUGAUGAGGAUGCACCUUUACAUAGCCCGGGGUCAGAGGGAAGCACACUGUCUUCAGACCUGAUGAAACUUUGUGGCGAAGUGAAGCCGAAGAACAAGGCCCGAAGGAGAACCACCACUCAGAUGGAGUUGCUGUAUGCAGAUAGCAGUGAACUAGCCUCAGACACUAGUGCAGGAGAUGCCUCCUUGCCGGGCUCUCUUACACCUGUUGCAGAAGGGCAAGAGAUUGGAAUGAACACAGAGACAAGUGGUACUUCUGCUAGGGACAAAGAGCUUCUUCCCCCAUCUGGCUUACCUUCUAAGAUAGGCAGCAUUUCCAGACAGUCUUCUCAAUCAGAAAAAAAAAUGCCAGAGCCUUCCCCUGUAACAAGGAGGAAGGCCUAUGAGAAAGCAGACAAGCCAAAGGCCAAGGAGCAGAAACACUCGGAUUCUGGUGCUUCCGAGACUAGUCUCUCACCUCCUUCCUCCCCACCAAGCCGGCCCCGUAACGAACUGAAUGUGUUUAAUCGUCUUACUGUUUCUCAGGGGAACACGUCAGUUCAGCAGGAUAAGUCUGAUGAAAGUGACUCCUCUUUGUCGGAGGUACACAGCAGAUCCUCCAGAAGGGGCAUAAUCAAUCCAUUUCCUGCCUCCAAAGGACCCAGAACUUCUUCACUUCAGUGUGUUCACAUAGCUGAAGGGCACACAAAAGCUGUGCUCUGUGUGGAUUCUACCGAUGAUCUCCUCUUCACUGGAUCAAAAGAUCGUACUUGUAAAGUUUGGAACCUCGUGACUGGACAGGAAAUUAUGUCACUGGGGGUUCACCCUAACAACGUUGUAUCUGUAAAAUACUGCAAUUAUACCAGUCUGGUCUUCACAGUGUCGACAUCUUAUAUUAAGGUGUGGGAUAUCAGAGAAUCAGCAAAGUGCAUUCGAACACUAGCAUCUUCGGGUCAAGUUACUCUUGGAGAAGCUUGUUCUGCAAGCACCAGCCGGACAGUAGCUAUUCCUUCUGGAGAGAACCAGAUCAAUCAGAUUGCACUAAACCCAACUGGCACCUUCCUCUAUGCAGCCUCUGGGAACGCUGUCAGGAUGUGGGACCUUAAAAGGUUUCAGUCUACAGGAAAGCUAACUGGACACCUGGGCCCUGUUAUGUGCCUUACUGUAGACCAGAUCUCCAAUGGACAAGAUCUAAUCAUCACUGGCUCAAAGGACCACUACAUCAAAAUGUUUGAUGUGACUGAAGGGGCCCUUGGAACUGUAAGUCCCACCCACAACUUUGAGCCUCCUCAUUAUGAUGGGAUAGAAGCACUGACCAUUCAAGGGGAUAACCUAUUCAGUGGGUCCAGAGACAAUGGAAUCAAGAAAUGGGAUUUAGCUCAGAAAGGGCUUCUUCAGCAAGUCCCAAAUGCACACAAGGACUGGGUCUGUGCCCUGGGCCUGGUUCCAGGCCACCCGGUUUUGCUCAGCGGCUGCAGAGGAGGCAUUCUGAAACUCUGGAAUGUGGAUACUUUCGUGCCAGUUGGAGAGAUGAGAGGUCAUGACAGCCCCAUCAAUGCCAUAUGUGUUAACUCCACCCACAUUUUCACUGCAGCCGAUGAUCGGACUGUGAGAAUCUGGAAGGCCCACAAUUUGCAAGAUGGUCAAAUCUCUGACACAGGAGAUCUGGGGGAAGAUAUCUGCAGUAAUUAAACAUGAGCGGAGAUAAGCAUAAGCUGACACUGUGAUGAUGCUCUGUGUUCUUUAUUAAAGAUGGUGUCCUGCACUUAUUAUUAAUGGAAUCAACUGGAAAUAUAUCUGAACCCAUCUGCUAGAUAAAGUGUAUUCUAAUAAAACUGUACUGUCUUAUAUGUGUAAUAUUAUUAUCAACCAACACAUAUGCUUCUUACAAUUGAUGUAUUGCUUGAAUCGUACUUUUUCUGUGGCUGGAUUUUUGUGCCUAGCUAUAACAGAGAUACUUUCACAUCUAAGAUGGCUGCUCUGGCAACAGCCAGGAACAUAGCUGGAGUAAAACACUCCUCCCCGCUAGCUCACUCAGAAGUGUUCACAGAACCUCCACAGUUCAACACACAUUGCGACUGUUAAUCAGGCUGGAGUCUGCUCUUCAGGAGUUUCGUCAGUCUGUAAGGGGUUCCAAAUUUCAAAGCUCUGUCAAUGUAAUGGGAUAAUAAAAUUCAGAAACUCUUAUUGAUUCCUCAUAGUUGACCUUAGUCUGCUAAGAAAGACAACAGUUUGUGCUAACAUGUUCCUGUUUACCUGUAUUGACCAAAGCUUUCAGUUCUCCAUUCUGUGCUCAGGACUGAAACUCCACAGAACUGUCAUGUUUUCAGUCCUGGGUAUGGAUUCCGUGACAGCGAGCUGUUGAUUUCCUAACAGAAAGAUAUUUUGAUCUAUUUUCCUAUGGAAUUGUUUCUAUUAUUACCUUUUAAUUUCUUCUUAUUUAAUAGUAAUAGCUCCUUUUCUCUUUCCUCUGAUUUUUAUAUGCUGCUAAAUAUAUUUUAAAUAUACUGUGUUUGCACACAUUGGUAGACUUUUAUCAUUUGUGGUGGGAAACAAUGUAAAUAGGUAGAUUGUAAAGAGAGACUAUCUUGCAUUAUGACUGUAUGAAUUUCUAAAUGCUGUUUGAUUGGGUUUUGUUAAAGGAUGUAUAAUUUAUCUGUCUGCUUGGAAUAUUAAUUUGUAAAUUCUGCAAGUUUAAUUUUAUGCAAUGGUAUAACUUUUGAAAUUAUCGUCUUGUGUUAUUUUUUUUUUUGCCCUGAAAAUAUUUGUUUGUAAAUGAAAGUUUAGCUAGUGCCUAAAUAAACAUGAUGCUAUGAA